AUGGCUAUAUGUGAUAGAAAUAGUUUAACAAGUAAUUUUUCCAGAGGUGGCGGCGCUCUCAUUGCCAUUCGUAGUGACAUAGUAUCUAAUUUAAUUUACACUCCAGCUACCAAUGUUGAACAUCUAUUUGUUAAAUUUAAUUAUAAUAACAUCAACUAUGUAGUGUGCUCAGUGUACUUUCCUCCUAAUUGCCCGCUUUCUGCUUAUGAGUCUUUUAUUUCCGCUGUACAAUCUGUUCUUCCCCUUCAUCCAGAAUGUGUAUUCAUUUUUUGUGGUGACUUCAAUUUGCCAGAUAUUAUAUGGUCCAAUGAUGAUUUUGGUUUACUUUACAAUACGGUUACUAAUCCCAGAGUUCAAUGUAUCCCUGAUGCAUUUGCGUUCUUAAACUUUUUCCAACUAAAUGAUAUUCAAAACUCUUUUGGUGUUGUCUUGGACCUUGUGUUCUCCAAUGAUAACAGAAUCUAUAUCUCUAAAGCCGUAACUUCAGCAGUACCUUGUGAUCUCUACCACCCGGCUCUUGAUAUUAUGAUAAAGUUGGAUAAACUCUCCCCUUUACUUGAUCGUUCCCAUAAUUAUUAUGACUUCCGCCGUGCUCCCUAUUCAAAAAUAUGCGAAUUCCUAAACUCAUUUAAUUGGUUUGAGACCAUAAUAUCUCUCGACGUUGACGAAGCGGCUAAGGCAAUUUAUGACGCUUUGCACUUUUGCAUUUUAAACUUUGUUCCGGAAGUGUCUUAUAUACCUUCGACAUUCCCGAAAUGGUUUUCAAAAAAUCUUAAGCAUAUUGUUUUAAGCAAGAAGAGGGCACAUGCCAAGUUUAAAGCUUCACGCUGUCCCCUUGAUUAUGCGGAAUUUUCCGCACUUCGUGCCUCUUACAAGGCAGAAUACAAGAGAUGUCAUACUGCCUACCUGUCUCGCACUGAGUCAAUGCUAAAAUCUAACCCCAGGUCGUUUUGGGACUUUGUCCGUGUUAAUAAAUCUAGCAACGAAAUUCCCCACUCAGUACAUUUUGAGAAUUUACAAAGCUCGGGUACAGAAUCUGUCUCUAACUUAUUUUCCCAUUACUUCAAUACAGUCUAUGUUCCUCCUUUGUCUAAUGACCAUUCGUCUCCUUUUUUGUUCCAUGACCUACCUAGCACUUGUUCAUUCGACAUCGAUGAUGUUGACGCUGGUCUAGACGCACUAAAAAAUGUUAAGUCCGUAGGCCCCGACGGCUUGUCAGGUAUAUUCUUAUACAAUGUGAAAUCUUCAUUAUGUUUUCCACUGUGGCUACUUUUUAAGCGUUCAAUCGAUAGCGGAGUUUUUCCCUCUUCUUUCAAGAUUAGCUCUGUCACUCCUAUUUUUAAAUCUGGUGAUAAAGCUGAUGUCAAAAAUUAUAGACCUGUCUCUAUUUUGAGCCACAUAUCCAAACUGUUUGAACUUCUAGUAUUGAGAAGUAUUCAAUCGCCAAUUAACUCUAUUCUAAUCGACGAGCAACAUGGGUUUAGACCUGGCCGCUCGACCACUACUAAUUUACUCGUUUUUAACAAUUUUGUUAUGAAGGCUGUCGAGAAGCACAUCCAAGUUGAUGUUAUUUUCACAGACUUUACUAAAGCCUUCGAUAGAGUCGACCAUGGCUGCCUAAUCGAGACCCUAUACAAAACUGGGUUCGGUGAACCAUUGUUGUCUUGGUUCAAAUCUUAUUUGUCAGACAGAGUCCAGUGGGUAAAAGUGUUCGGAUGCAAAUCAUCCGUCUCAAAGGUCUCUUCUGGAGUUCCUCAAGGAGGACAUUUAUCUCCAAUACUGUUUUCUUUGUAUGUAAAUGGCAUCAAGGAAAUUGUCAAAAACUGUGAACUUCUCAUGUUUGCCGACGACUUGAAGCUCUUUAGGAAAAUUGAUAACUUAUCUGACUGUUCUACGCUCCAGAAUGAUCUCAACAACCUGGUCUCCUGGUUUAAUAAUAUUGGUCUUCAGUUUAAUGUAAACAAAUGUCAUUCCAUGUCAUUUUUAAGACACCGCUCCCCUAUCAACUAUGCUUACUCCAUCAAUGGUUCUAGUGUAACAUCGGUUUGCAGUAAGAAAGACCUAGGUAUUAUCUUUAAUUCCGAUCUCAAUUUUCACUCCCACACUGAAAUGAUAUGCUGCAAAGCCUUAAAAACGCUUGGGUUUGUAAUGCGCAUAUCAAAGGAGUUCAAUCUAUCUUCUUCAUUAAAAACUAUAUACUGCUCAUUGGUCCGUUCACUUUUAGAGUAUGCAUCGGUCCUAUGGGACCCUUAUACGGUAUCUGACUCAUGUCAAUUAGAACGUGUUCAGAGACGGUUCUUAUCUUGCGCAGCUUUUCUCUUAAAAAUAAAUCAUCCUCCCCACGACUAUUUCUUAGUUAUGCAGGAACUCAGCCUCAUUUCACUGGCCGACAGGCGAGUUAACGCUAACAUAGAGUUUCUGAAUAAACUAGUUGAUGGUCGUAUAGAUGCUCCCUCACUUCUCUCGAUAGUCAAUUUCAAAGUUCCUUCCCGUACUACUAGAUACCAUGCUCCUUUCGUUGUUCCUGCGCACACUACCAAUUAUGGCAGAAACAAUCCGUUAGACCGCAUGAUGCGGCUGGCCAAUGAGAGCACCGUUCAUCAAAACUGA